AUGAGCCAAGCUGCCGCGUCCUUUCUCACCAACAUAGCACGCGCCGCCUUCAGCCUCGGGCUAGGCGCCACCGUCCUCAAUUCCUCUCUCUACACCGUCGACGGCGGCCAGCGAGCCGUUCUCUUCGAUCGUUUCCGAGGAGUCAUCCCUGACACUGUCGGUGAAGGAACCCACUUUUUGGUCCCAUGGCUUCAGAAACCCUUCAUCUUCGACAUCCGUACUCGCCCGCACACCUUCUCCUCCGUCUCAGGUACAAAAGAUCUGCAGAUGGUGAAUCUGACCCUCCGUGUCCUCUCCCGUCCGGAGGUGACUCGGCUGCCGGACAUCUUCAAAACCCUAGGUCUUGAAUAUGACGAGAAGGUCCUCCCGUCCAUCGGCAACGAGGUGCUCAAGGCCGUGGUGGCCCAGUUCAACGCUGACCAGCUGCUCACUGAACGGCCUCAUGUGUCGGCCCUUGUCCGCGAUAGCCUGAUUCGCAGGGCAAAGGACUUCAACAUUGUGCUUGAUGAUGUGGCAAUCACCCAUUUAUCGUACGGAGCUGAGUUCUCAAAGGCCGUUGAGCAGAAGCAGGUGGCCCAACAGGAGGCGGAGAGGUCCAAAUUUGUGGUUGCAAAGGCCGAGCAAGAGAGGAGGGCCGCAAUUAUCAGGGCUGAGGGUGAGAGUGAAUCGGCUAAGCUUAUUUCGGAUGCGACUCAGGCUGCCGGCAUGGGUCUGAUUGAGCUGAGGAAGAUUGAGGCUGCCAAGGAUAAUGCGUCCACUAUGUCUAGGAAUGGGAAUGUGUUGUAUCUCCCUGGAAACAACAACAUGCUUCUUGGGAUCAAUCGUUGA